AUGGCUACUCUCACCGGAAACUUCUACCGGCCAAUUAUCACCGCCGUUGGAAGCGAUUGCCGGCGGCAUGCAACCACCUGUUUCCUCCCUCUUCCUCGGCGCAAUGUAACGUCCCGUCUGCGGCCGAUUAUGAGUGUUCAGGUGGGCAACGAAAUGCCACCGGCAUCGUCUUCAUCGACGGUGGACAUGGAACACCUCCUUGAGUUUCUAUACGAAGAUCUUCCUCACCUUUUCGACGACCAGGGAAUCGAUCGGACGGCGUACGAUGAGCGCGUGAAGUUCAGAGAUCCCAUCACCAAGCACGACACUAUAACUGGAUAUUUGUUGAACAUUUCUUUCCUGAAGAAUAUAUUCGCUCCUGAUUUUCAACUUCACUGGGCAAAACAGACAGGUCCAUACGAGAUAACCACAAGGUGGACUAUGGUAAUGAAAUUCUUGCCUUUACCAUGGAAACCAGAGCUUGUCUUCACAGGGACAUCGAUCAUGGUUGUUAAUCCAGAAACUAAGAAAUUUUGCAGCCAUUUGGACUUGUGGGACUCUAUCAAAAACAAUGACUACUUUUCUCUAGAAGGUCUUGUUGAUGUAUUCAAACAGUUACGGCUAUAUAAGACGCCUGACUUGGAAACUCCAAAGUAUCAAAUUCUGAAAAGAACAGCAAACUAUGAGGUCAGAAAAUACGAACCGUUCAUAGUAGUGGAGACAAACGGUGACAAGCUUUCUGGCUCUUCAGGUUUCAACAAUGUCGCUGGCUACAUAUUUGGGAAAAACUCAACGAUGGAGAAAAUACCAAUGACAACUCCAGUGUUUACCCAAGCAACAGAUCCUCAACUCUCUUCCGUAUCAGUACAAAUUUUCAUUCCAUCAGGAAAAGAUCUCAAUAGCUUACCAAUGCCAAAUGAAGAAAAGAUAAACUUGAAGAAGUUGGAAGGCGGUUUUGCCGCGGCAGUGAAAUUCAGUGGGAAACCAACAGAGGAUAUUGUCAGGGAAAAAGAGAAUGAACUGAGGAACAGUUUGAGUAAAGAUGGACUUAGAGCUAAGACGGGUUGUAUGCUUGCUCGUUACAAUGAUCCAGGACGAACAUGGAACUUCAUAAUGAGGAACGAAGUUAUCAUAUGGCUUGAGGAAUUCAGUCUGGACUAG